AUGAACUGGCUCCCACAUACUUGCAAAUCCUUCAAUGCUCAAUUAGUAUACUACCUGGUCAUACAGGCUGCAAGAUGUAUGGAAUAUCAUUCCAACAAUGCACUUAAUAGUAUAUUUGAAGGAUCAAUAUACAAUGGGGUGUUAAACUGUGAAGACACAAGGAGUACACCUAUCAAUGAGCCGGAUAUGGGCCAUGGGAAUCAAGAUUUUUCACACCUUCAACUACCAACUGAUGUGUGGAGCCAUUUUGCCACCUCAAAUUAUGAACAAGAUUCUAGGGAGCAAUUGAAUCAAGAUUUCCAAAUUCAGCCAGAUAUUUCUCAGACAUUUGGUUCAGGUAAUUUGCAUAUGUGGCAGUCAUUUCAUGACUCAAUGCAGGGUUAUGAAAAUGAUACAGGGGCACAAGAUCAUCUUUGCACCACUGACAUUGGUAUAUGUCAUAACAGUCAUAGUUCACAUGUGAAUAUGAUUAACAAGGCAGGGAUCUUAGAAUUGGAUAACACAGGACACAUCCCAUUAUCAUACAUGCCAGGCCACCAUGGGUUGUUCUACCCCCCAGGUCAUGAUUUCAACAUUGGAUCUCAGUUGAUCUCUCCAACUGGGAAAGCACAUGUAUUUGAAGAUACAAAUAGCAUUCAUCUUCAAUCAUUUUCACCAGAAGUGCAACUACCUCUUGAUCCUUGUUGGAAUGCCUUUGAUCAAAUAAUCCCACCAACUCCUUUGAAUGAUGUCAAUAUCUACAAUGUACCAAAUUCACAUUCAACAAAUUUGGUAGCCUCUGUUCCUCAGUCCUUCAUGUCUGAUACUAUAUAUAAUCCAAUACUUGAGGGAGGCUCUUCAGUACAAUUCUUUGGUCAUCAGAAUUUUGAUACAAGUGCAGUUAAACAUUACAAAGAAUCAAAUGUGUCCCCAAACCUCAUUCCAUUUCAUCAAGCAGAUCACAAUAGUCACAUCUUGGACAAUUUAUCAUCAGCAACAAUCAUGUCUCAAAAUGAAGCCCAAACUCCUAGAAUUGUUCUUGAUGAACCACAGGUUGAAGAAAAUAAGGGAAGUGAUCAUGACGGCUGGGAUGAUCUCUUGAAGCUCAGUUCCCAGCUUCUGAGUUCAUCUUCCAAAAAUACCACAAACCGUAAGAAAAAGGUAUCAGAAAUAAUGAGAAUGGAGAAGUGCAAGAAUUUGAGAUCAUUGUCCAGAACGGAGAAAAAAGAAAAGUCAAAAUCUAAAUUCAGAGCCACAAAUAUACCACAAGCGUUCAACACACCGGUAGAUCAAAAUCCCAAACCUUUGAACAAACCAAAACAUCACGUUGCUAGGAGGAUGACCAACAUCCUUUAUGAGCAGGGAAAGGGUAUUAUAUCAAGGAGCAGUGAUCUGCAAAAAAGCAAUGAAAAGUGGCUCAAAGAUUGGAGAAUAAGAUAUCAAAUCUCCAUUGAUAAUCUAGAUCCCACAAGAAGUGUUACACAGCUUGUUACAAACAAUUUGGACCGGGUGAAAGGUAGGGUGAAGGAUGGAGUUGUUGCAGUAUUCCUUGGAUUGGUAAAUCAGAUUGAUAGAUUUGAAAAACCACAAAUUUCUCCAGAUGCAAUUUUGAAAGACAGCUUAAAAUUCAUACAUGGGUAUAUGAAUAGAUUAUUGGUAUUUGAUAUCCAGAGCUUGCAAGAAAUUGAUCUUCAUAUACCACUAAAUAGGUGUACUUCAACCACACCCAUGAGGAUAUUACAUGAACUAUCUUUGUCUAGGAAGAGAAAUGAGAUCAAGCCUGGGGUCUAUUACCACAUUUGGAAAAUCUGGAGGUCUGAAAGGUGUCUGUCACUGCCAGUAGCUCCCUACCGUAUUUGGUUUCCAGCACUGAAAUAUUUGACACUUCAGAAGAAUGGUGAAACAGGAAAAACUUUACAAGUCAUCAGCAGGUGUGUCUCCACAUUUGCAAGUAAAAAGGUCUUUGAUAGGCAUAAUAGCAAGGUAUGGUUGCUGCAGGAAGGGAGAAUAUGUAUUGCAUCUAUCAUGAAGAUUGAAGAUGAAGUAACACAAUUCUAUGAAAACUUGAAGUUGACACUUUUAAGCAAGAUUAAACAAGUAAAAAGUUUGAAACCUCAUGAACUUGUACACUACACAAUGGGAGUUGAAGCAUCCAUGAAACUAUCAAAACUUGUAAUAGUUCCAACCAUUUUUGGUGCAGUAAAGAUGAUUGUUGAUCAUCAUCCAGGAGAAAAUGAUUCUCUUCGAAUCAUACUUCAAGAUGUCUGGGAAUUCCUUCAAGGCCAGUUCUCCGUUCUGACAACAUUCAAUUUGGAGAAUAUAUUUUGGCAACCAACUAUCACAAUGGAAAACAUAUUUGAGGACCUCUACCAAGAUCCUCAAUACAUGCCCAGUGUAUUUGGAAAGCUUGCAAGCGGAACAUUCUCUAGUAAUUUCAAGCCUAUUGUAUGGAGUCUUUUGAAGAAAUGGUCAAGCACAAAAUUGGAGUUGAAAUCAACUAAAGAGUGCACAGCAAGUAUAUUGGAAGGGUACAAUGAUACAAAUUAUACAGAAUUUGUUGAGGCAAUGUUACCUCCUUGA